AUGCCCGUACUUGAUGAUUUUCUGGAUAAACGGGAUUAUGUUGGUGCAAUUACUCUCUUGGAGUUUCAAAGAAGAUGUGGAAAAGUUGUUCCACACCUGAACAUGUGGAUUGCUUACUGCUGGUUUCAUCUUGCAGAUUACAAAAAAGCAUAUGCGAUUUAUAAAAAAAUGAUUGAAAAAACUGAUUGUGAUCCUCAAGCAUUAAUUAACCUUGCGUGUUGUUGCAUGUAUCUUGGACUAUAUGAUGAAGCUUACACUGUUCUAAACACACCACAGCAAGACAACUUUUCAAUUUUACAAUCUCGAUUGUUGUUCCAUCUCAGUCACAAGCUAAACAAGGAGAGAAACAUGAUGGUGCAUAUGUCAAGAUUAGAAGAUAUUGAUGAUAAAUGUUCCUACUAUAGUCUACAUUUCAUGAGAGGGAACUAUGAAGAAGCUAUUAAUUCAUUCAAACAUCUUUUAAAUCUUGACAAAAACUUUGCUGCUCUAAAAGUUUAUUUAGCGAUGUGCUAUUUUAAGCUGGAAUAUUAUGACGUUGCACAGGAUUAUUUAUCCGAGUACCUCCAGCAACACCCAGGCAGCGUUUUAUGCAGCAAUCUACGGGCUUGUAUAUUUUUCCGCCUUUAUAACGGCAAGGCAGCAGAGGCAGAACUAAGGUCGAUCAAAACUUCAACGUUAUGUUGUUCGGAUGUUAUUCAACAUAACAAGGUUGUAUUUGGUGACGGUCGUAACGCUCGUCAAGUUUUACCCCCUCUUGUGGGGGUUAUUCAUGAGGCAAGAUGGAACUUAGCUCUCUUCUUAGUAAAGCAAGGUGGUGAAUACAAGGAAGCAUAUGGUCUACUUCAUCAACACGACCCAAAACACGGACAGGAAUAUUUGAUAAAAGCCGUUACUAUGGCUUCACUGGGACAAGAAGAAGGAGACAAAAAUUUGAUAAAUUCAGCAGCUCAUUGCUACAAAUAUAUUGUCAACUUAGGAGACACAGUAUUGGGAAGACAGUGUAUGAUGUCAUCGUGUUUCCUUCGGAAAGAAUUUCGUCAAGCUCUUAACUACUUCGACAGUAUUAAAGGAUAUCUUUACAAUGAUGACGACUUUAAUUUCAACUAUGGACAAGCUAAGUUGGCUUGCGGGAAGUAUAAAGAAGCUGAAGAG